AUGGAUGCAAAUUCUAUUCUUGAUCCAUCCUUGGAUGAGAAAACGUCUACUUCAUCGGGAUAUCUUGAUUUCACCAAACAAUGGAUAGAGGGCACGUACAGUUCUUGGUUCGGGGAGAACAGAACUUCAUCCAGCUUGAAAGGUAUGAAACGAGCCCUAUUUUCAUAAUUCUUUCCGUCGGCUAAUAGGAUUAUAGACGCAUUCAAGAAGGGAAGUGCAACAAGGAGCGAUGAUAUUGAUACAGAUGUGAUUGAAAAUACAUUUUAUCACAGAGGGCUUCGUGGUUUUUGA